UCUAGCCACUUCCCCAAUCAAUCCAACUGUCACAAGUGUCAAUGUCAAGUUAAUUGGUUAAGUUACAAAAACCUAAAUUUCUAAAAAUCCUCUUUAAUUCUAUUAUGUCUUGCAAUCACUGCAAUACAAAAUUUAAUUUUUUCCACAAGGAAAUGGGCUGUUCAAAUUGCGGACUCUCCUUUUGCAAUAAAUGUCUGAAGCAAAAAUGCAAAAUCCCCAAUCGGGGCACAGGCGAAUUCAACGUUUGCAAAUUAUGCUACUCGAAACUGGCAUCAGGGACAAGCGCCCCCCUGCCCCAAAUCGCGCCCCCCGACACAUUCAUAAAUCCCGAGCACCCCCUCCCUUGGUUCAUCAUUCUGACGUGUCUCAGACGAUUGGAGAACCUCGAGAACCCUGUGGCGCCCCCCAUCACAAUGUACAAACACGACCCGAAAAUCCAAGCCCUGCGGAGUGGCCUCUCCCCCGCGGACCAGAAAAUCCUCGACCGAUUGGAGAAACUCAAGGACUCUGAGAAGGGCCCCCCGCCCAGCGAGGGCGAGUUGCGACGGCGCUUGGCGAGCCUCAAGGGGGAGAACGACUACGUGGAGGGGCCCAGCCGACUUUUGUUUCCGGUUGAUUCGAGGACGGAGCAGCAGAAAGCCGACUCGCUUCUUGAGCAGUUUGUGAAUGAGAGGGACAUCGAGUUGGCGCAUAACCCCCAGGAGGAGAUCGAGGCACGUCUGGCGACCCUAAGGGGGCAAGGCGUGAAGCCAAACGAGGGACCAUACAUCAGUAAUUUACACGAUUCCAGCAGCGAGGAGGAAGUGGAUAAAAUCACGAAAAAGAUUAUGGAUGAGGUGGCGAUUGAGGAGCGUUGCCCCAAAAAACUCACUCCAAGUUCGUCCAAUGACGAAGAGAAUGAUGGACGAGCGUCACCGGAACUUCCGUGGUGCGUUUUGUGUAACAACGAUGCCAAAUUUCGGUGUUACGAUUGUGGGGGGGAUUUGUACUGUGGCGAGUGUAAUGUCGAAGUACACAAAAACUGGGGAGAUACCGAUCAUAAAGUUGUUCCAUUCAAAUCGAAAUGAAAUUUCCUAGAUUUAGAGCAUAUUUUUACAAAGGAUUUUCAAUAUUUUUGCUUAACAUUCCCUGAAUUAAAAUCGUUGGUGUUUCAACAGUCGAGAAUUUAGUGCGGCGAAUGUAUGAAGAAAUUUAUUUAUCAAUGUCAUAAAUAAAGAUUUUAAAAGA